UUUAUUAAAACGUAAGGCCCCGGCAGGCGAUCCGGACCAUGACACGGACUCGGGCGCACCCCCCGGGGCGUGGUCGCGUGAACGCGCAUAAGAAAAGAACGGGAUGAACCCGAUGCGUGUUCUCGUUCCACAACAGCUGCACGAACUGACACAAGGCAGAACUUUGGGCGUCAGAGAGGAAAGAUGAGGGAGAUCGUCCACAUUCAGGCCGGACAGUGCGGAAACCAGAUCGGAACCAAGUUCUGGGAAGUGAUCAGCGAUGAGCACGGGAUCGACGCUGCAGGAAACUACGUGGGCGACUCAGCUCUACAGCUGGACCGGGUCAACGUGUACUACAACGAGGCCUCCUCGCAUAAAUACGUCCCCCGUGCGGUGCUGGUGGACCUGGAACCAGGAACCAUGGACAGCGUUCGCUCUGGAGCCUUCGGACAACUCUUCAGACCAGACAACUUCAUCUUUGGUCAGACAGGUGCAGGGAACAACUGGGCCAAAGGCCACUACACGGAGGGAGCCGAGCUCAUGGACUCAGUGCUGGACGUGGUGAGGAAGGAGUGUGAGCACUGCGACUGUCUGCAGGGUUUCCAGCUGACUCACUCUCUGGGAGGCGGCACCGGCUCAGGCAUGGGCACACUGCUCAUCAGUAAGAUCCGGGAGGAGUACCCCGACCGGAUCAUGAACACUUUCAGUGUCAUGCCCUCGCCCAAGGUGUCGGACACCGUUGUAGAACCGUACAACGCCACCCUGUCGGUCCACCAGCUGGUCGAAAACACAGACGAGACCUACUGCAUCGACAACGAAGCCCUGUACGACAUCUGCUUCCGCACCCUGAAGCUCACCACGCCCACGUACGGAGACCUGAACCACCUGGUGUCGGCCACCAUGAGCGGCGUCACCACGUCGCUGCGCUUCCCUGGGCAGCUCAACGCCGACCUCCGCAAGCUAGCCGUCAACAUGGUGCCCUUCCCCAGGCUCCACUUCUUCAUGCCAGGAUUCGCUCCUCUGACGGCGAGGGGCAGCCAGCAGUACCGAGCGCUCACCGUUCCAGAACUCACCCAGCAGAUGUUCGACGCUAGGAACAUGAUGGCGGCCUGCGACCCGCGCCACGGGCGCUACCUGACCGUCGCCACCGUCUUCCGCGGGCCGAUGUCCAUGAAGGAGGUGGACGAGCAGAUGCUGAACGUCCAGAACAAGAACAGCAGCUACUUCGUGGAGUGGAUCCCCAACAACGUGAAGGUGGCCGUGUGCGACAUCGCUCCGCGCGGCCUCAAAAUGGCCGCCACCUUCAUCGGCAACAGCACGGCCAUCCAGGAGCUGUUCAAGCGGAUCUCUGAGCAGUUCUCGGCCAUGUUCCGCAGAAAGGCCUUCCUGCACUGGUUCACGGGCGAAGGCAUGGACGAGAUGGAGUUCACCGAGGCCGAGAGCAACAUGAACGACCUGGUGUCCGAGUACCAGCAGUACCAGGAGGCCACGGCCAACGACGGCGAGGAGAACUUUGAUGACGAAGAGGACGAGAUCAACGAGUAAGAGACCAAGCAAAACCACGACGAGGUGUCAACAAGAGCUCUGAGACAAACUCUGGGAUGAAUUUAGUCGAUUACAAAUUAUGAAUAAGCUUCUGAGUUCAUUUCCGAUCAGGCACAUUUGACAUCUGAUGCAAUAGAAAAACCAGAGCGAGUGUAUUUGUGAACUUUGUGUUCUGCCUUGACAUAAUGCUGCUGAGAACCUGUCAGUUCAAAGAGACUAUGUGAAAACAUGACGUUUACACUAAACACUGGGUGGAAUAAUAACUGCAGUAAAUAGUACUUUAUUAAUUACUGUGUAGUACUAAUCGUCUGAUGACUGUACUUGAAGGGAGGCUGGAAUAAACUCUACUGUGGA